AUGAUACAUGUCUUAAUCAUUUCAGAAAAACUAAGAAGUCCAAGACACUUAAAAGAGAAGUAUUUGCAGGACAUUAAGCAAGCCAAAUCAAUACAAAACAGUAAUAGUCUGGAUACAUCACCUGCAAAAAUUAGUGUUGUUGAAGAUGCUUUGAAGUUGAUAGAUGCUGACUGUGUGUCUGAAGAAAAUUAUACUACUCAAAGUAGGGUAGAAGAAGUGUCCCCAGAAAUUGUUGACGGUGUUGAGGAAGUUGUGUCAGACGACGGAUCUAAGAAUCUCUCCGGUUAUUCAGAGCACAGUAGAAAUUCUUCAAACACAGCAAAAGACAAGGAGAAGGCAGAGAGAGGUGAACAUGGAAGUCUGGAUACAUCACCUGCAGAAAUUAACGUUGAAGAUGCUUUAAAGUUGAUAGAUGCUGACUGUGUAUCUGAAGAAAAUAAUGCUACUCAAAGGGUAGAAGAAGUGUCCCCAGAAAUUGUUGACAGUGUUGAGGAAGUUGUGUCAGACGACGGAUCUAAGAAUCUCUCCGGUUAUUCAGAGCACAGUAGAAAUUGUUCAAACACAGCAAAAGACAAGGAGAAGGCAGAGAGAGGUGAACAUGGAAGUCUGGAUACAUCACCUGCAGAAAUUAAUGUUGAAGAUGCUUUAAAGUUGAUAGAUGCUGACUGUGUAUCUGAAGAAAAUAAUGCUACUCAAAGUAGGGUAGAAGAAGUGUCCCCAGAAAUUGUUGACGGUGUUGAGGAAGUUGUGUCAGACGACGGAUCUAAGAAUCUCUCCAGUUAUUCAGAACACAGUAGAAAUUGUUCCAACAUAGCAAAAUACAAUUGGAAGGUAGCAAGAAGUGUAUAUAGAAAUAUUGGAAAAAUUACUGUGAUUAAGAAGGAUAACAAUUUAGGAGCAACUUUUUCUUUGGAGGAUGAUGAAGAAUGUGUCAUUGGAAGUGGAAGAGAAUGCGAUAUUGAAGUGUCCCUCAAAAAUGUUGACAAGAUUCAUGCAGUUGUUGCAGUUGGAAGAUCAAAGGCUUACUUAACAAAUUAUAGUAAAAGCUUUCCUGUUGUUGUCAAUGGAAAACCAAUUGAAAUUGGCCAAGAAUUGAAUGAUGGAGAUAUGCUGAUGAUUGGUGGCAGAAAAUUUCUGUUUAAUUAUGAAAAAAGACUUGAGAAUUAUUCAGAAGAUUCAGAGGGUUCAGAAAAUUCAGAGGGUUCAGAAAAUUCAGAGGAAUCAAUGGAGUGGUCAGACCCUGAAGAUCCUGAUUAUGAGAUGGACAGUGAUGCAGGCAGUAUGACAUCUGAAGAGUGUAGUGAGAAAAGACAGGAGGAAGAAUAUGAAUGUGUUUCAGAUUCAGAAUCUGAUAUUAUCCCUUAUACAGCAUCUUUUCAAAUCAUAAACCAGGAUGAAAAAGUUAGUUCAACAUCUGACUCAAAUUCAGCAACUAAACAACAAAAGCGAAAAGUUAAGGACUCAAAAACUGAAAUUAUUUCAAGCAGCGUUGAUGAAGAAGUAGAUGUUCAGCACUCAAGUAACAAAAUGGGGAUCCGUGUCUGGGACAAAGUACACUAUUGUUUUUACUGCCAGAAAGAUUAUACUAACAUUACAAAACAUUAUUUAGGAGUGCAUGCAAAAGAAAAAGAAGUACAACAUAUCGAGUCGUAUCCAUUGAAAUCAAAGGACCGAAAACAUGCUCUUCUGAAACUAAGAAACUCUGGAGAUUAUCAACACAAUUGCAGUGUUUUAAAAUCAGGACAUGGAACUCUUAUAACGUAUACGAGAAACUGGAACGAUGCAUCUGCUGAGAAGUUCUUGCCUUGUCAGUAUUGCUUGGGUUUUUUUCUGAAAUCUUGUCUGUGGAGGCACAUUAAAAAUUGUCCUUUUGCCCCUGAUGAAAGAAAACCGAAAUAUAGAAAGAUUUCAUCCCAAGCCUCACUUCUUCUUCCAACGAAAACAGAGGUUAGUAAUGGGCUGCGAGAAAAUGUUUUGAAAAGAAUGUCUGCAGACGAAAUUAGCAUCGCAGCUAGAAAUGAUACAAUAAUUGUGAAAUUUGGAGAAAAAUUAUAUCAAAAGCAUGGACACUUGACUCACUUAUACACACAUGUUAGCCAAAAAAUGAGAGAAUUAGGAAGGCUUAUCAUUUCACUGAGAGAACUUGAUGAAGACAUUCAUUCACUUGAAGAUGCUAUUCUACCUCAGAAAUUCCCAGCUGUAGUGAAAUGCACAAGAACAUUGUGUGGAUUCAAUGACAAUACAAAUUCAUAUGCAAACCCAUCAUUGGCUCUUAAGUUGGGUCAUUCUUUGAAGAAAUGUGCCAAAAUAAAAACAUCUAUGGCUCUGAUUGAAGGAAGUGAAGAUAUGAGAAAAAAUGCAGAUGCAUUUUAUACUCUUUGUGAAAAUGAAUGGAGUGAUUCCAUUUCAAGCAGUGCUUUACAAACUUUAACGGCAAACAAAAUGAACAAAGGUCAAGGACUUCCUUUAACAGAAGACAUCAAAAAACUUCAAAGCAUGUUAAAGGAAAAAAACGAAAAACUAGUUGUUUUGUUACAGAAAUCUGUAAAAAAAUCCAUCUGGGAUGAAUUGAAUCAAACGACAUUAGCAAGAAUUGUAAUGUUUAAUAGAAGGAGAGGAGGUGAAGCAGAAAGAAUAACUGUUCAAGCUUUUUGUGAAAAGAGAUCUAAAAAUGACUCGCUUAAAGAAAUUGAAGAUUCUCUAAAACCAGUGGAAAAACUUUUAUGUAAAACUUUCUCCCGUGUUGAAAUACGAGGGAAACGAGGCCGCACUGUUCCUAUCCUGCUAACUCCAGCACUUGAAAAAAGCAUUAAUUUGCUUAUUGAAACAAGAAAACUGGCUGGCGUGAAUCCCCAAAAUCCGUAUGUCUUUGCAAGAUCAAGCUUUGAUUCUCUGAAUCCUAUUCGAAGUUCGGAUUGCCUUAGAAAAUUUGCAGUAGAAUGCGGCGUUACAAAAGCUACAAAUAUAACAAGUACUAAACUAAGAAAGCAUGUAGCGACAGUUUCCCAAAUCCUCAAUUUGGAAAAAAAUGAUCUGGAAAUCAUGGCAGGCUUUCUUGGGCAUGACAUAAGGAUUCACAAUUCCUUUUACCGACUUCCAAAUGACACACUGCAGAUAGCAAGAAUGGGAACAAUUUUAACAGCAUUUGACAAUGGUGACAUUUCAAAGUAUAGUGGGAAGUCUCUGGAUGAAAUUGCCUGUGAAGAAAUAAACUUGGGUGAGGAUGAGGAAGUUGAAGAUGAUGAGGUUGAAAAUGAUGAUGAAAAUCCAGAUGAAUAUGAAGCAGUCAGACAAAAUGAAAUGGAACAAAAAGCUAAACACCCAAGAGGAAAAGAUUUGUGCCGACUAAAGGAGGAAGAAGUUAACAUUAUAAGAAAGAUUUUUAAAAUGAAUAUUUUAGAACGCAAAGAGCUACGGAAAAGAGAAUGUGAGAAAGCAAUGGAUGAAUAUAAAGAGUUGAGAAGAUUAAGCUGGAAAAAAAUUAAAAAUACUGUGCACAAUUUCAUUACACUGGAGAAAAGAAAAAUUAAGAAAAUGCAAGCAAGGAGUGGAAAAUCUUGCAUUCAGAUGCAGAAUUAACUGAUUGAGAUUUCCCUGUUGUGUGGAUAGUACUCAUUUGUUUUGGGUUUUUUUUUAAAUGUAAAAUGGAAAUACUUGAAUUGGGAACAAAUGAUGGGAACAAACUUUCAGAUAUCAAAAAGAUAACAAAUUGAAUAUAAAUUCAUUAUUUAAACAAUUUGAAAAGGAAAAUAAUUCAACCCAGGCAUUAUUUUUUUUGUAAUAUCUGUAAUGACUCUUAUUUUCCUGUCUUUUACAUGUAUUAAAAACUUUUUGAAAGAAUGUCAACAUUUUAGUCAGUAAAUACUGUACCAAUUGUCCUAAAUAAUUAUAAUUAUUAAUGACUCAUAUUUGUAUUGAUUUUUUUGAAAUUUUAAAAUUACCGGUACAUUUUUGUCUGCAAAUUCUUUUACAUAUUAGCAAAAUAUUGCAUUUCAUUUGCAUUUCUGUAGCAUAUUUUGCAAAAUAGUGCAUUUCAUUCACUGCAGAAUUUUGAAUAAAUAUAAAGGGGUCAAAUUAAAAGUUCACUGACUUUACAAUAAUAAUACUUAAAUUUACUUUCUGUUUUCAUUUACCAGGAUUCUCUUUAAACAAUUUAAUAGCUAGAUUGCUAGUUUUUGAUUUAGAUUGCACCAAACAAAAAGUCUUGGGGAUAAAUUAACUGUACCGUUAAGGAGGUAAAACUCUACAGUAGUUCUAAAAAGCAAUUUGAGCAUAAUAUUGUGUUGAGAAAGUGUAUUUUAUGAGAUGGAAAAUUGAAAAUACAUGGUUCUUUGUUGUUUCAUUUUGUAAAACAGAGGUUUGUAAUUUUUGUGUAUUCAACAGUUAUCUGUACUUCAAAAUACAGUCAGUUUAAUUUUAGGUGUCAGAAUGACGUUUCACAAUGUGUGACUUGUUUUUAGUUAGAUAAUCUGUAGACUGGUCUGAUGCAUAUGUUUGCUUGAUAAAGGGACCAUCUUAUUUGUUUAUGCUUACAGUUGCAUGUGUACCAGUAAAUUGGGCAUAGAUCUUUCUUUCUUUUUAGCUCACCGAGACAAAGUUGGAAAGUUGGGGGGAGCUUAUGCUAUACCGGCGAUCGGACCUGGUUAAAGUUUUUGUUGCAGGUCCUGUAUCUAAGAUAUUACUUGUUCUAUCUUCACCAAACUUGCAUGGAUUAUGCAUCUGGACCUACUUAUGGACUUGAAAGACUUGGAUGCUGAAUCUGGGUCCCAAAUUUCAGAUGCUGGAAGUGGUUAAGGUUUUUAGAGCAGGUUAAAGUUUUUGUUUCAGGUGCUCUUUGAUAGCAAUAUCUAAGUUACUGCUGGUUCUGACUUCACCAAACUUGUGUCUUAUGAUACUGAUGCACCUGACAGGUUUGAAUGCCUAACCUGAGCCAUAGGUUUCAGAUGCUGGAGGAGGUUAAGGUUUGAAGAGCUGGUUUAGGUUUUUAAAACAGGUGCCCUCUCAUGAUGAUAUCUUAGUUAUUACUUGUCCUAACCACCAAACUUGCAUGAUACUUAUGCACCUGACAGGCUUGAAUCUGAAUCUGAGCUAUAGGUUUCAGAUGCUGGAUAAGGUUAGGUUUUUGGAACAGGUCUUAUGAUUGAUGAUACAAAAUCUUGUAUUUUAUAUUAUUGUAUUGAUAAACAUUGUAUCUUAUAAUACCGUAUGAAAUGAACAUAUGAUCAUAUCAUACAAUAUUUUUAACAGAUGAUAUACGAUAUUGUGUCAAAACAGUUUCCAUGAAUAUCCAAGAUCAUAAAGUAUGAUUUUCAUAUAACAUGAUAAAGGUGGUCUCAUGAAGGUGAUGCUUCGUCUCGGAGAGCUUUGUAAUUUGUGAUUACCUAUGUUUUUUAAAUGAAUUUAAAUAUCUCGAACAUUAUUUUCUAGAAUCUCUUUUUGAACUGGUCAUUGUUUAUUUCUUUUUCUCAGUAGAGAAAGUAUAUACUAGUAUAUUUAGUUGCAUUUUGGUUCUUAAGAGUGAUAAGGAAAACUGCUGUACUUUGUUUUUUGAGUUGACAUAUUCACGUAAUAAAUUAAUAAUAAAUGAAAACAAAGUUUUCUUUAAUUACA